AUGAAGUUUGCAGAAUCUCAAACGCUCUUACCGGUGAGAAAAACUGCAAAUGGCGGUUUGCUCAACCAAAACCGCAAACGCGCUGGUUACAAGCUUUGGGUUCUAAUCGCGGUUCUCCUAUUGGCCUUAGGUUCUAUGUUAACCGGUUCCGUCUCACUCAAAGGAAUCGGUCUGUUCCAUUCUGCUGACGGAAAGUUCGGAUUCCCCGUCGGCGACGAUCUCGACGUCCUGGAAAUUGAGGAGAGAGAGAAAGUGGUGAGGCAGAUGUGGGAUGUGUACGGACGAUCCGGCGGCGUUAAGGUUCCUCGGUUCUGGCGAGAGGCUUUCGAGGCGGCGUAUGAGUUUCUGGUCAGUGAUUCCGCCGGCGUGAGAAACGCUGCCGUUUCAGAUAUUGCCAAGUUGUCUCUUGUUCGCUCUCUUAAGGUCGACUCUAGUCCGUGA